GCCAAUGACAGGGGGCGGGGUGGACAGGUCAGAGACAUGUGUCUAUGGAGGUUCCCUGUGUGAUCCCGGUUGGCGCUCCUCCCCCUCCUGUGACCCGGAUGUAGUGCGGUCGGUAGGGUGGCAGUGGCCGGGGGUGUAGAAUGAUCUGCUGAACUCCUGUGCUCCGCUCACAUAUGGCACCAAUGGGCAUCCGUCUGUCCCCGCUGGGGAUCGGGGUGUUCUGCCUGCUGGGGCUCGGUGUCCUCUAUCACGUCUAUUCGGGGCUGCUGACAUGGCGCUUGUCGGCCUUCCUAUUGGGGGAUCGGGCCGGUAGCGGAGGAGGAGAGAGCGGUACGGUGGAUCUGCGGGAUCUGCUGGCGGCGGCGGUGCAGGCGGCGGAGCUGGGAGGGGUGGAGGUGAGGACGGUACGGGAGAGCAACAAGCUGAACGAGAACUCCAAGGGGAAGACCCGAGAGGGGGCGGAUGACAAGAUGACCCGGGGGGACCUCCUCUCCAACCGGAGGAUGGCCAGCCUCAUCAAGAACACCUUCCCCGGGGUGCAGGUGAAUACUGAAGAGCAUCUUGAGGAAGCUGAUAAGGAGUCGAUCAGCUGGGAUCGGAAAAUGCCAGAUGAUAUUAAAGACAAAAUCCAGAAUGCAAAAUUAGUUCCCACAGAAAGUAUUACUGUAUGGAUAGAUCCACUGGAUGCAACACAUGAGUAUACAG